CGCAAGCGGACGGCAGCAGGCAGUAGGCAGCAGCAUGGCGGUCCGUGGCAUUAGCGGCGAUGCCCACUUCUUCGAAGAGAGCGUCAACAUGGAGCGGAUUAAGAAGCUCCUGGACAACAAGACGGGCAGCGCCGGCGUCUCGGAGAAGCUCCAGGCUAUGAAGACGCUCCUCGCCAUGAUCAGCAAGGGCGAAGACGUCUCGCUCUUCUUCGCCGACGUGGUCAAGAACGUGAUUGUCAACAGCGUCGAGGUCAAGAAGAUGGUGUACAUGUACCUCGUGCACUACGCCGACGCCAACGCGCAGUGCCGGGAGCUCGCGCUCCUCUCGAUCAACUCGUUCCAGAAGGACUUGGCCGACCCGAACCAGCUCAUUCGCGCGCUCGCAUUGCGUGUCAUGACGAGCAUCCGCGUCCGCGAUAUCAUCCAGAUCCAGAUCAUUGCGAUCCGCAAGUGUGCUGGCGAUUCGUCGCCGUACGUGCGCAAGUGCGCGGCCAACGCGCUGAGCAAGGUCCACGCCAUGGACAGCGUCGACCAGAAGGAGGUGCUUGCAGAGAUCAUUGCGCUGCUCCUCGAAGACUCGAGCACGAUGGUCCUCGGCAGCGCGGUGCAGGCGCUCAACGAGAUCUGUCCCGACCGCAUGGACCUUCUCCACCGACCGUUCCGGAAGCUCUGCCACCUCCUCGCCGACAUUGACGAGUGGGGCCAAGCGGUCGUGAUGCAGGUGCUCACGCGCUACUGCCGCGAGCAGUUCCAGAGCCCCAAGCAAGACCCGCCGCCGCAGAACCAGAAGGACCAGUUCCCGAAGCGCAAGGUCAAGAAGGGGUUUUACUCAGACGAGGAGGAAGACCCCAAGGCCAAGAGCAACAACAACAACAAGGGCUACAACGCGUCGCCGUUCAUGCUCGGCGGCAGCGCGUCGUCGUCGCAGCGCGAACACAUGCCGAACGUCGGGUCCGUCUUUCGCUCGACGGACGUGGCGAGUGGCAUUGGCGGCGGCGAAGAGCUUGACGAGGACCACCGACUCUUGUUGCGGUCGUCGAUCCCGCUGCUCAAGUCGCGCAAUUCGGCGGUCGUGCUCUCGGUGUCGACGCUACACUACUACUGCGGCACGCAGAGUACGGCGACGUGCACGCUCCUCGGCAAGUCGCUCGUGCGCAUCAUGCGCAACCAGCGCGAGAUCCAGUACGUCGUCCUCUCGGUCAUUGCGUCCAUGGCGACCGCGCGGCCCGACAUGUUUCUCCCGUUCCUCCAAGAUUUCUUUGUGCGGGCGACCGACCCCGCGUACACGCGCCAGCUCAAGCUCGACAUCCUCACGGCGCUCGUCACGGAAGACACGGUGCCGACGAUUCUGCGCGAGUUCCAAGCGUACGUGCGCCACGUGGACAAGGGCUUUGUCACGAUGACCGUGCGUGCGCUCGGCCGAGUCGCCGACGCGAUGCCGUCCGUCUCGGAAAAGUGCCUCAAGGGACUCAUGCGCCUUGUGCGUUCUGUCCAUGAGAGCGUCGUGGCCGAGAGCGUUGUCGUGAUCCGCCAGCUGCUGCAGCAAGUGCAGGCACCCAACGCGUCGCAGGCGGUCAAGGUCGUCCGGUCGCUCGCGGCCAUGAUGGUCUCGGGCCGCGUCUCGUCGCCGUCAGCCCGCGCGUCGAUCGUGUGGAUGCUCGGCGAGUUUGCGGCCGAAGAGCCCGUGGCGCCCGAGACGCUGCGCUGCAUGUGCGCGACGUUCACGGACGAAGACUCGGACGUGAAGCUCCAGUUGCUGAGCUUGGCCGUCAAGCUCGCGCUCAAGACGCCCAACCACCCCAAGGUGCAGCUGUGCCUCCAGUACGUCGUCGAGCUCUGCAAGUUUGACUUGGACUACGACAUUCGCGACCGCGCGCGCCUUGUGCGUUCGGCGCUCCUCGGCGACGGUCUCAGCCCGCAAACGCUCUUUCUGAGCAAGAAGCCCGCGCCGCUCAUUGGCUGCUACGAGCAAACCAAGUCCAAGUUUACGCUCGGAUCGCUCUCGGAGCUCGUGCAUCACAAUGUGCCCGGGUACCUCCCCCUCCCGACGUGGCGCCUCGAAAAGGUCGACAAGAAGCUACGCGACGGGUCGGUCGAGGCGCCGGCGAUCGUCAAGGACGCCCAGAAGAAGUCCUCUUCGAGUAAGAAGCCGUCGGCCAAGUCGACGUCGCGUGGCUUUUACAGCAGCGAAGACGACGACAGCGAGGAUGACAGCGAGGAUGACAGUGAUGAUGACAGCGAGGCUGACAGUGACGACAACGCCUCGGACGAUGACGACGACAGCGAGGCCGAGAGUGACGACGACGCUUCGGACAACAACGAGUCGGAAGACGAGGAAAGCUCCGAAGAAGAAGAAGAAGAGAGCUCGUCGGAAGAGUCGGAGCCCGUGAAGCCCACCAAGCAGCGCAAACCGACAAAGCAAGCGCCGGCGCCGGCCCCGACGCGCAACCUCUUGGAUCCGUUCGACUUUCUCUCGACGGGCGCAUCGUCGUCGUCGUCGUCCAUCAACUCGAUGAGCAUGAUGGCCGACUUGAGCAACCUUACAAUGAACGCGGCGGCGCCGACGUCCCGCUCCGUCUUGCUCGCAAGUGCCGUUGGCGACGGUCUCCAGAUCGAGUACAGCUAUCUGCGGACGCCGUCCAUGUACGCGCCCAACAUGAUUGUGGUCCAGUGCUACCUCCUCAACCAGUCGUCGACGCCGAUCGCGCGCAUUCGCGUCGAGCUCGAUGCGCACGCGCACGGCGCGCUCGUGCCCUUUCCCGAAGUCCCCGUCGUGUACCCCGGGUCGUCGUCGAUGGUCCAAUUGCACGUGGACUUCGCGGGCAAGCUCAAGGGCGUCCCGGUGCGCAUCCUCACGGGCAGCGCCGAGGACGACGACGCGUACUCGGGCGUGCUCACGCCGUCGAUCGGCGAGCUCCUGCACCCUUUCCACGUGACGCCCGACCAGUUUACGGCGCUCUGGUCCAAGCACAAGAUUGCGUCUAACGAGCUGCAGCAGUUUUCCACGCCAUUGACCCUCGCCGCGCUCACGCAGCACGUUGGCCACGCACUCAACCUCUGCCACGUCAACCCGCACCAGAUGCUCAUGCCCGGCAACGUCCAGGCACCUGUCGUCAUGCAGCUCUGCGGCAAGCUCCGGUCGGACAAGAAGGAGGUGUGGCUCCUCGCGACCAUCGAGAUGCAGUACGCGACGGGCACGCUGCGCCUCCAAGUGUCGUCGGGCGACGCCAACCUCGGCGACACGCUCCUUGAUGCGCUCGUCGACGCCAUCUCGAGCGCCCACUAGGCCCUUUGUAGAUGAUUCAUGUAACUACGCAUCAUCAUGCGGAUGGAUAUAUGAUGGGUGAUGUAUCGACUA